ACCCAUUUCGACAAUUACCAAGCCGUCCUCUAAACCUCCAAACACCCCACUCCAAGUUUUCCUACUACUACGGCUCCUGCCGGAAUUUAGUGGGCCCCAGACGCCUGAGUAAGAUGAAUGCUGGUGGGUUAGCCUCCAACGGCCGUCAAUUCAAGAACCCAGAUGAGAUGUGGAGAGAAGAGGUUGGUGAUCAAUCCAAGAAGUCUGAGUGGUACAAUAAAGGUGUUAGCUAUUGGCAAGGUGUAGAGGCAACAGUGGAUGGUGUGCUGGGCGGAUAUGGGCAUGUGAAUGAUGCAGAUAUAAAGGCAAGCGAGGCAUUUCUGAAUACCCUUUUGGCUGAGAGGUUCACUGAUGCUGGCAGAGGCCACCAUCUUGUUGCUCUCGAUUGUGGGUCUGGCAUUGGGAGGGUUACCAAGAAUCUUCUUAUAAGAUACUUUAAUGAGGUUGACCUUCUUGAACCAGUGUCGCAUUUUCUGGAGGCUGCUCGAGGAAAUUUAGCCCCAGAGAAUUUACUGGUCUCAGACUCGUACAAGGCUGCCAAUUUCUAUUGCCUUCCACUUCAGGACUUCACUCCUGAUGCACAAAGAUAUGAUUGCAUAUGGAUUCAGUGGUGUAUUGGGCAUCUUGCAGAUGAUGACUUUGUAUCAUUCUUUAAGCGGGCAAAGGGGGGCCUCAAACCUGGUGGUUUCUUUGUUUUGAAGGAGAAUAUCGCUAGAGCUGGAUUUGUGCUGGAUGAAGAAGAUAAGAGUGUUACACGAUCUGAUUCAUACUUCAAGGAGCUGUUCAAUCAAUGUGGAUUGCAUAUUUGGAAAAUGAAGGAUCAGAAAGGAUUUCCUGAUGAAUUAUUUGCUGUGAAGAUGUAUGCGUUAACAACUGAAAUACCAAAGAUAGUUAAUCCAUCCAAAACGAGGAGGCAGUCAAAAAACAGGCCUGGCGUGAUCAAAUGAGGAGCAUCAUGGACCAUGGGUUGCAUUUUAGUCUUUUGAGUUCUCAAGUUAGUUUCUCCAAUGUAUUUUAGAAAUCAUUUUUCCUUCCUCCCACACCUUCCCAACUGAAAUUGUUAGGCUUAAGAUUAGAACCUUGGACCUAACAGUGGGGAGCUAUGUUACCCAGGAUCAGCUAUGGGAGACACGGCUACUCUAGUACAAAAUGAAAAGUCAGACACAGGUACAGCAGGACAAAAUGAAGAGUUUGGUUAACAUUGCUGGAGAGGGUCUUAAGAGUCCUCUCCUCUCUCGGCGACUAUGACGAACUCUAGUUGUUGUUUCUUAGAAUUUUUGACGACUUUUUAUUUUUUCCCCAUUACAUUCAUGCAACUCUUUUUCCUUUUUCGUUGUCCUGUGCUUAGUAUAAAUCAGAGAACAUUUUUUGUAGCUUUUGAGUGCUUGGUUUACAAAAUUCUGAUUACUAUCUGUGCUAUUCACGUGUAUAUCUUCCAUUUU